ACGGUGGUCAUCAUCGGGGAUAACAUUGGAGUAAAAACCCUUAUUCCUCCCAAAAAUACCCAAAUAAUUCCAAGAAAUCCCUGCUUUUUCUCGUCCUUUCUUUUCUUGAUCGGCGGUGCCAGGAAGAUGUUUUACACCUGUGGUCCCAAUGAAGCGAUGGUGGUGUCAGGUUUCUGUCGAUCUCCUCCUCUGAUGAUAGCUGGAGGAAGAGUGUUUGUCUUCCCGUGCAUCCAGCAGAUCCAAAGGAUUUCUCUGAACACUCUAACUCUGAACGUGAAGAGUGAUAAGGUCUACACUCGGCAUGGAGUCCCUAUCUCUGUGACUGGCAUCGCGCAGAUGAAGAUCCAGGGUCAGAAUAAGGAGAUGCUGGCUGCGGCCUGCCAGAUGUUCAUGGGAAAGUCUGAGCCAGAGAUUGCUCAAAUUGCCCUGGAAACUCUGGAGGGGCAUCAACGUGCCAUCAUUGCUCAUCUCACUGUGGAGGAGAUCUACAAAGACCGUAAGAAGUUCUCUGAGCAGGUUUUCAAAGUGGCCUCCUCGGACCUGGUCAACAUGGGCAUCAGUGUUGUCAGCUACACACUCAAAGACGUACACGAUGACCAAGAUUAUUUGCACUCUCUUGGUAAAGGGCGCACAGCUCAGGUCCAGAAAGAUGCUCGAAUUGGAGAGGCGCAAAACAAGAGGGAUUCUGUGAUCAGAGAAGCUCAUGCCAUGCAGGCCAAGAUCUCAGCUCAGUAUAAAAAUGAGAUUGAAAUGGCCAAAGCUCAGAGGGACUAUGAACUCAAGAAGGCAGCCUAUGACAUCGAAGUUAACACUAAAAAAGCUGAGUCCGAGAUGGCGUACCAACUGCAGGUGGCAAAGACAAAGCAGCGCAUAGAGGAGGAGAGGAUGCAGGUUCAGGUGGUGGAGAGGAGUCAGCAGAUCACUCUUCAGGAGCAGGAGAUCACUCGGAAGGAGAAAGAGCUCGAAGCCAAAGUGAUGAAACCUGCAGAGGCCGAACGAUACCGCCUCGAGAAACUGGCCGAAGCGCAGCGUCUCAAGUUGAUCAUGGAAGCUGAAGCUGAAGCUGAGUCGAUCAGGAUUAAAGGGGAGGCUGAGGCGUUCGCUCUAGAGGCCAAAGGUCGCGCUGAGGCUGAGCAGAUGGAAAAGAAAGCAGAGGCCUUUAAACAGUACAAGGACGGAGCCAUGGUUGACAUGCUGCUGGAGAAACUGCCUCUGAUUGCAGGGGAAAUCAGUAAGCCCCUGUGUGAGGCCCAUAAGGUUACCAUGGUGUCCAGUGGAAAUGGGGACGUGGGCGCGGCUAAACUGUCCGGAGAGGUGCUGGAGAUCAUGACGCGUCUCCCAGAUGCUGUGGAGAAACUCACCGGAGUCACCAUCUCACAGGUGACCUCUCGCACUGGUUAAGGGCAAUAACCCUCCACUACCCCACUGCCUCAUCUGCUCUCAAAUUCUCCUUACAUCUCUGUUAAUGAUUUCUCUACAAUAAUUAUCUUAAAUAUAUGUAGCUGUUAGGUUUCUCAGGUUUCAAACACAUAUAUCUUCAUCACUUGUUCACUUAUCACUUGUAGGAGGAAUGCAAUUUUGUCCUUUUACAAGACCAUAAUUUUUUCAAGUUUAAAUGACUAGCAAAAUGUUAAGAGUUAGGGUUUGCACAAUAUGGAAAAAUGUUGUUAUUGCGAUAUUGUAUUAUACAUUUUGAAGCAGUUGGUUGAGUCCAUUUAAAACUAAAUUUAAAUGAACAGUCCAUUCUGAAACAUGUUCCCAUGACUAAAAAACAUGUUUCAGAAUGGACUGUUAGCCCCGCCCACUUAGUUCCUUCUCUGACACAUGUUGAACCAUGACAGAAAAACAACUGCCUAGUAUAAUCAUAGACAGUUGUUUCCCUCUGGUUCUCAUCCAACAACCACCCUUAUUGAAUAAAAUUGUCUGCCUCAAUCUAUUGGUUUUUUAUGGUUCUCAUCCAACAAAAUGCCUAAUAAAAUGUACAGGCAAUAUCAUUCAGUCUUAAAAUCAUUACACCUAAAGUCAAAAUAGAUAUUGCUUUAGUUAAUAUCACAAUAUCAUUUGUUUUGCGAUAUAUUGUGCACUCCUAAUAGUGGUGUGUUAAAGAGAUCUUGUUUUUAACCUCUCUUGAUAAAACUUUUUUUUAUUUAUUUCUGUACCUAAUUUUCUCACUUUUGUGCAUUUGUUUUAUUUUUAUACUAUUUCUUCACUGUUUUGUCCAGGUGUGUUGUCUCAGUAUGUACACUGUAUUCUCAUUACUGUCUCUAUCCACUGCCUUGCUGACUAACCUAAGUGCAACUUAAGUGUGGAAGGUUCAAGCUCUAUUUACUAAUGCUUGUAGCACUAAUUGUAUGCAAGAGGCUUCAGCUUUAUAGUGCUUUAUAUUCAGUGGUAAAUUUAAAACAAAAAUAUUAGCAAAUAGCCUCGUAAUACUAUAUAUCUUUUCUUACUUACUCUAUAAAUUGUAAUCUGCAUUUCCCUAUCGUCUUGUUAAAUAUUGUGAAAGUAUUAUUGGGUAUUUUAAGACAAGCACUCAUCAUUUUCAUAAUAUUUUUGCUGUAAUGCAUUAUGUUCUCAUAAAUUUACACUGUUCCCGUUUUGUGUGUCACUUAAAAAUGUUUUAAGUAUCUAAACAACAAAAUAAGUGUGGGAUCUUGUAGCAUAUGCAGCAAAAAGCGUAUACUAUAAUUUCUGUAGCGUUGACAGUUUUAAAAUAAUGUGUUGUUAACUGUCCUCUAGCUAGAAAUAAAUUCAAAUCCCUGACUAAACUGGCAAGUUAAAGGUACACUAUGUACUUUUUUUUCUGGUGGAAGGUCCGCCACCUGGUUGUCUCCAUGGAGAUGUUACUUCUUUGCCUGAAAUGUUUCACAGCAUGGCAGUAAAGUCAUCUUGUAAUAAUUCAACUACAGAUCUGUCUUGAAAAAUUGCAUUCGUACUGUGAGCGGGGUCACCUCUUCGCAGAUCUGACCUGUAACUUGCUCUUGUGGUGUAAUCGGCUUGUUUUAAUGCUAUACUAUGGCACUUUCUGAGCAAAGUAACGAAGACAAGCAUGUGGCAGACCCUCCACCUGAAAAGUUACAUAGUGCACCUUUAAGCACUAUAACUGAAUAUAGCUGCCAGCCUUUUAUCACAGUAACCCUCUACCUCGGCAUAAAACAAUUAUCACAUUUUUAUUUUUCAGUGUUCUACUGAAUUAUGUUUAAAUUAUUUUCUUUUUUUUUUUUUUUUACCAAACAAAUCCACCUCACUGAGUUUUCUGCAUGAUACAAACAAGAACUUCCACAAUGACUGUAUAUUUUUCUGAAGCUAAGUUAUUUAUUUUCACCUAUAUAAAUACGUAUAAACUUUGAUGUCACAAAGGAAGCAAAUGUAGGAUCCAGAUAUUUUUGGAUGUAAUAUAUUCUCAAU